ACGCAUCCGUGCCAUUUCAUCCCUAUUUAAUCGUCACAUCACUAGCUCAUCAGUCAUCACCUGCUCUCUGCAAACACUGUGACUUUGGGUGAGUGAGUGAGUGAGUGAAGAGGAGGAAGAUGGGGAAGGGAGGGAAAGGAGCCGAGGCGGCGGCGGCGGCGGUGGCCGGAGCCGGUGAGGAGGAGAACAUGGCGGCGUGGCUGGUGGCGAAGAACACCCUCAAGAUCAUGCCCUUCAAGCUCCCGCCAGUUGGGCCUUAUGAUGUCCGUGUCCGGAUGAAGGCAGUGGGCAUCUGCGGCAGCGACGUGCACUACCUCAGGGUGAUCUGUUGUUCGCUCACAGAAAGAAUGAAAGAUAAUGUGGCUUAUAUAUGUUUGUUGUUUGAGUGCGUGCAGGAGAUGCGCAUUGCGCAUUUCGUGGUGAAGGAGCCGAUGGUGAUCGGGCACGAGUGCGCCGGCGUGAUAGAGGAGGUCGGCAGCGGCGUGACGCACCUCGCCGUCGGCGACCGCGUGGCGCUCGAGCCCGGCAUCAGCUGCUGGCGCUGCAGGCACUGCAAGGGCGGCCGCUACAACCUCUGCGAGGACAUGAAGUUCUUCGCCACCCCUCCCGUCCACGGAUCCCUCGCCAACCAGAUCGUGCACCCUGGUGAUCUGUGCUUCAAGCUGCCGGAGAACGUGAGCCUGGAGGAAGGCGCCAUGUGCGAGCCGCUGAGCGUGGGCGUGCACGCGUGCCGCCGCGCCGACGUCGGGCCGGAGACGGGGGUGCUGAUCAUGGGCGCGGGGCCGAUCGGCCUGGUCACCCUGCUGGCGGCGCGCGCGUUCGGCGCGACGCGCGUCGUGAUCGUGGACGUGGACGAACACCGCCUCUCCGUGGCCCGAUCCCUCGGCGCCGACGCCGCCGUGAGGGUGUCGGCGCGCGCGGAGGACGUCGGCGAGGAGGUGGAACGGAUCAGGGCGGCGAUGGGCGGGGACAUCGACGUGAGCCUGGACUGCGCCGGGUUCAGCAAGACGGUGGCGACGGCGCUGGAGGCGACGCGCGGCGGCGGGAAGGUGUGCCUCGUCGGGAUGGGGCACAACGAGAUGACGGUGCCGCUGACGUCGGCGGCGAUCAGGGAGGUGGACGUGGUGGGGAUAUUCCGGUACAAGGACACGUGGCCGCUCUGCAUCGAGUUCCUCCGCAGCGGCAAGAUCGACGUGAAGCCGCUCAUCACCCACCGAUUCGGGUUCUCGCAGGAGGACGUGGAGGAGGCGUUCGAGGUCAGCGCCCGUGGCCGCGACGCCAUCAAGGUCAUGUUCAACCUCUAGAUCGAUCCAUCCAUCGAUCGAUCGACAGCAAAAUAUGUGACGGGUUUGGAACGUAUGUCGAUCGGACAAAAAAAUGUGUGCUUGCUUUGCUGGUUGCCGUGUCUGUCUGUCUCUACAUGAAUAAAAGGCGGCAACGUUCUGUCCUCAUGGACUAAGCGUGUGCAUUGUCUGUUUCAAUUCA